ACACACACACACACACGCACGGCAGGCAGAGGCUGCUGGGGUAUUGUUAUCGUUGUGCUUCAGCGGAGGGUUUUGCCUGCAGGGGGAGGGGUGGAGGGAGGAGAAGAAAGAGGGAGAGAGAAAGUGCGAGGCGAGCAUGCAGCAGGGCUGGGGCCGGAGCGGCGGCGGUGCUGGCGCGCCCGGGCUGAGGCGCUGAGGGGAGCCGCCUGCCCGAGCUCGCCGGGGGGCACCGGCGGGAGGAGCGAGGCGGGCACGAUCCGGGCGUGGGGAAGGCAGCCAGCCGAGGGGAGCCGCCGCACCGGCCUCGCAGCAGCAGCAGCGACUACUUCUUUCUUAUCUCCCAGCCUUUUGUUCGCCCAUCCUCCUCCUCCUCCUCCUCUUCCCUGCCCACCCUCUGCACCGCGGAGGGGGCUCGGCAGAGAGAAAAGCCUGACCCAGAGCUGAGUUUCACCCAUCCUCCGCCCCUCUGUCUGUCUGUCUCUUUCUCUCUCUCUCUCUCUCUCUCUCUCUCCCCGUCUCUCUCUUCCCCCGCUGCAUCGCUGCCCAUGAGCUAGAGCGGCAGCCGGCAGCCAGCGCCGCGGCAGCCGGCUCCGGCAGGCGGGGGCAGACGCCGUCCGCAAGCCCCCCGGCAGCUGCCGCUGCCCGACCCUCCCCGCUGCUCCCCUCGCCCCGCUCCGCGGGCUCCGGCUGCUCUCCGGGACUGCUGGGGGCCGCCCUGCCGCCGCCCCUCCUCGCCUCCAUGUGCCGGGUAGCGGGAGCGCCGCCGCGGAUCCUGCCGCCGCUGGCGCUGAUGCUGCUGGCGGCCCUGCAGCAGGCACCAAUAAAAGCAACCUGUGAAGAUAUGUCAUGCAAGACUGGAUUUCCUGAAGAUGUUCACAGUGCAGUGGUGUCAAGGAGUGUACAUGGAGGACAGCCUCUUCUCAAUGUGAGGUUUCAAAGCUGUGAUGGAAACAAAAAAAUACACUUUGGAAGCAGUGAUCCAGAAGACUUCAGGGUAGGUGAAGAUGGUGUGGUCUAUGCAGAGCGAAGCUUUCAACUUUCAGCAGAGCCUACAGAGUUCGUCGUGUCUGCUCAAGACAAGGAAACCCAGGAAGAAUGGCAAAUGAGAGUGAAGCUAACCCCUGAACCAGCCUUUGCAGGAGCUUCAGAAAAGGACCAAAAGAGAAUUGAAGACAUCAUAUUCCCAUGGCAACAAUACAAGCACAGCAGCCCUCUGAAGAGGCAGAAGAGAGACUGGGUUAUUCCUCCAAUCAACCUCCCAGAAAAUUCCAGAGGACCUUUUCCUCAGGAAUUAGUUAGGAUUAGGUCCGAUCGUGAUAAAAGCCUCUCGCUACGGUACAGUGUGACUGGCCCAGGAGCUGACCAACCUCCAACAGGCAUCUUCAUCAUCAACCCCAUCUCAGGACAGCUGUCUGUGACAAAGCCUUUAGACCGGGAGCAGAUUGCUUCCUUUCAUCUGAGAGCGCACGCAGUGGAUGUAAAUGGAAACCAGGUGGAAAAUCCUAUUGACAUUGUUAUUAAUGUCAUUGAUAUGAAUGACAAUAGACCUGAAUUCUUACACCAGGUUUGGAAUGGGACAGUCCCUGAAGGAUCAAAGCCAGGAACCUACGUGAUGACUGUUACUGCCAUCGAUGCUGAUGAUCCCAAUGCACAGAAUGGGAUGCUGAGAUACAGAAUCUUGUCACAGGCCCCGAGCAGCCCCUCUCCAAACAUGUUUACAAUCAACAAUGAGACUGGUGACAUUAUCACCGUAGCAGCUGGGCUUGACAGAGAGAAAGUACAACAAUAUACAUUAAUAAUUCAAGCUACGGACAUGGAAGGAAACCCAACAUAUGGUCUUUCAAACACAGCAACUGCUGUCAUCACUGUGACAGAUGUCAAUGACAAUCCUCCGGAGUUCACUGCCAUGACUUUCUAUGGGGAAGUACCAGAAAACAGGGUGGAUGUGAUCGUAGCGAAUCUGACAGUGACAGACAAAGAUCAGCCCCACACACCUGCGUGGAAUGCAAUGUACCGAAUGACCGGAGGAGACCCGACAGGUCGAUUUACCAUCCUGACUGAUCCCAAUAGCAACGAUGGGCUAGUGACUGUUUUGAAGCCUAUUGACUUUGAGACCAACAGGAUGUUCGUACUUACUGUAGCUGCGGAAAAUCAAGUGCCUUUGGCUAAGGGGAUUCAGCAUCCUCCUCAGUCAACAGCAACCGUGUCCAUUACGGUCAUUGAUGUGAAUGAGAGCCCGUAUUUUGUUCCAAAUCCUAAGCUUGUACGUCAAGAAGAAGGGCUACUUGCUGGUAGCAUGUUGACAACUUUUACUGCUCAGGACCCAGAUCGUUACAUGCAGCAAACCUCUCUAAGGUACUCAAAACUUUCAGAUCCUGCAAACUGGCUGAAAAUUGACCCUGUUAAUGGACAAAUAACUACUACAGCUGUUUUGGACAGAGAGUCAAUAUAUGUGCAAAACAAUAUGUAUAAUGCAACGUUUCUUGCUUCUGAUAAUGGUAUGAAUUCCCCGAUGAGUGGAACCGGCACACUUCAGAUAUACCUGCUGGACAUCAAUGAUAAUGCUCCCCAAGUGAAUCCGAAAGAAGCCACGACUUGUGAAACACUACAGCCUAAUGCUAUUAACAUCACUGCUGUAGACCCUGAUAUAGAUCCAAAUGCAGGCCCCUUUGCCUUUGAGCUGCCUGACACACCUGCUAGUAUUAAGAGGAAUUGGACCAUUGUUCGAAUUAGUGGGGAUCACGCCCAGCUCUCUUUAAGGAUCAGGUUCCUGGAGGCUGGUAUCUAUGAUGUGCCCAUAGUAAUUACAGAUUCGGGAAAUCCACAUGCAUCUAGCACUUCCGUGCUGAAAGUGAAAGUUUGCCAAUGUGAUAUAAACGGAGACUGCACUGACGUUGACCGGAUCGUUGGCGCUGGACUGGGCACUGGUGCCAUCAUUGCAAUUCUGCUUUGUAUCAUCAUCUUGCUCAUUUUAGUUUUAAUGUUUGUGGUGUGGAUGAAGCGCCGUGAUAAAGAGCGUCAGGCAAAGCAGCUCUUGAUUGAUCCAGAUGAUGUGAGGGACAACAUUCUGAAAUAUGAUGAAGAGGGUGGUGGAGAAGAAGAUCAGGUGUGGGUAUCCCAGCAGGAAUGGACUAGUGGGAUUUUUGUCACUCAGCUCCUUGCGACUGUGAAAGGGCACUCUCCCUCACGCCAGCCUCCAUCUCUCCAUCCUCCAGCCAAUGGAAGUGCUAAGUGCAGCAUGUUGCCUGAUGCUUGUCCACCUCUGCUAUCCCACUCCUAG